AUGAAGCUUCCUGGUUUUUCAGUUCCAUGCGCGGAGCCAGCUAGCUUUGUCUCGGAACUUUCUUCGGCAUCUGACACGCAUAACAUCUGCCUGGCAAAUUUUGAAGCAAGAUGGUUAACAAUAGCUGACGCUGCCAAGGGUGCGCUUCACCGUGUGCUGUCGGACUGCAUACGAAGGCUCUAUAUCGAGGUACACAAUGCGGCUUCAGUGUAUGGCUACUUCGAUUGUGACCGCGCAGUUAAGCCCCAAAGGUAUCCCCCUGGAAGACAAAAGUUCUCGGAGAAGCCACAGCCUCGUGAAGAGACGACAGAAACGACGGCAGCUUCAGCAGAACACGUUGGGAGGCACUCCAGUGUGAGACCGGGUGUUGUAGGCUCGUUUGCGCCUCAGCCGGUAGGUCCAUGGGGGCUUCUGUGUAGCAAGGUAUCGUGGCUUCCGCGUUUCACAUGGCUGAAGAGCGCAUCCGGCAUCUCGUCAGCUGUUGCAGCUGGGGCGGUCACCGUGCUGCUUUCCAGGAGCAGCUGUGCUCAGUUCGUCAUUGCUGCGCCGGCGAUGUUUGCAUUCGCCGUAGUAGCGAGCUGCGUAAUCGUGUGGGGACAGCUAGAACUUUCAGUGCGCCGUUCUUCCAAAAGGAUCCGCCAGCUUCUCACUGACAUGAAUCUUCAACACAAGCUUGCAGGAGAGAUAUUGAGAUGGAUACAAGAACUUGAAGUCACAUUUAAGGCUUUUCCAGGUGCCUUUGCGAAGAAGGGUCAGCGGGCUGCUGAUGCUCCCCCAUCUGCAUCACCAUGCAGGGAUAGCGGCGGCCAGACCCCUUACGACACUUCAGGGCAGCUUCAGGAAGUCUCGGUCAUUGGUCCACCCCACUGCCAAGGCCUUCCUUGUUGCCAAAAUGAGGGGAAGGGAGAACAAGAAUGGGGGCAAUUACGCCCCAAUGGCUUACGUUCGAAUGUGCCAUGCGCGUGGCACUUGAGAAUACGGCUUUGCCAGGUCUCUGCAGCGGCUGCAAACGCAUUGCGGACGAUUCUAGAAGAAGACUGGGCAUCGUGCCCAGCUCUCUUGCCCCAGCCUCGUUGGAGCGAAUGGGUGCGCACGAGAGAAGUGCCCCAGGUCUCUGCAGCGGCUGCAAACGCAUUGCGGACGAUUCUAGAAGAAGACUGGGCAUCGUGCCCAGUUCUCUUGCCCCAGCCUCGUUGGAGCGAAUGGGUGCGCACGAGAGAAGUGCUAUGCAGGCCAACAGAUACUGUUGCGGAGAGUCUUAAGUUGACGCAUUGGGCUGUUUCUCCUCCUGCCACUGCGUCCCAGUAUUCGGGCACCUUGUGUAGGGCUUCAUCCUACAAGCACCGCUCUGCUCUGGCGUCUAUGAGUCGUAACGUUGCUGCAUCUCUUGCUCUUCUCCGUCUCCCUGCACAAUCCUCCUGCUCUCACUUGAAAUGCCCAGAAAAUGAUAUGUCCGUACAGGGAAGGCCUGGCACUGCUUGCAGACCCGGCCAACACAGCGUGGAUUCAGGCAGCACCGUCUGUUUGACUCCGAUGAACCAGCACACCUCACCGGAGAAGAGGCAGGAAGAAGGAGACGCACACUUGCGCUCUGCUCUGGCGUCUAUGAGUCGUAACGUUGCUGCAUCUCUUGCUCUUCUCCGUCUCCCUGCACAAACCUCCUGCUAUCACUUGAAAUGCCCAGAAAAUGAUAUGUCCGUACAGGGAAGGCCUGACACUGCUUGCAGACCCGGCCAACACAGCGUGGAUUCAGGCAGCACCGUCUGUUUGACUCCGAUGAACCAGCACACCUCACCGGAGGAGAGGCAGGAAGAAGGAGACGCACACUUGUUUGGCUUUCUGCACCUGAUACUUCGGCACCUGCGGGUAGCAUCGGAGGAAGGAGAGAAGCUGGAAAAGUCAUUGCGGUUAAAUAGGGAGAAGCUCGAAGGCUUUAAAACCUGCGACGUCACGCGGAGUUCGGAGGCCGCCCCAGUUCAACCAGCAGAGAGGGAAACAGCCUCCGAGGAGACAGAACAACCGCUGCAGCCAACUGCUGAUGAACCUGUGCAGUGCCUCGAGGUCUAUACAGCUGUCGGACAGGAUUCUAUCACCAAUAAACGCAGAUUUCAAGAAGAAGAAGGAGUGAAGGAGGCCUUUGCUGAGGAUGAUCCGGCUAUGGAUCCAAUUGUGGAGGAACAGAAGACAGGGCGGUGGUGCGUGUUGUGA